AUGUUUUCAGUUCACCGCUUCAUUGCACUUCCUUCCGACGUUGCAAUGGAAGAGAAGCUUUCCGGAUCCAAAGCGAACAGGCCACCAGGAGAGGAAGGAGGCAGGUUCGGAGCAGCACCUCGUGAUGCGUACAAAUCGUUUGCACCACGGGAGGUUUCUGCUCACAAUCCAGUCGACGUCACCAUAUCAAAAGUUGGCCUUGGUAUAGUAGCGGCUUCUAUAUCUCUCAUCACAAUCUCGCUCGUGCAAUCAACACAAGAAGACCCUUCAGUGGAAUUGGAAAAGGACAAUGCUACCAUAUUUCUACGAGAAAAUAUGGAGGUAAUCCGCAAUGGUUCGUACAAUUAUGGAAGCAACAGCGAAUUCGCAGUAAUCCAGUCGGGUGUGAUUGAUUCGUGGCUUACUGCUCUCGACAGCGGUAUGAUACGGUACAAUUAUGGAGACUCCAUAAACAAUUUUUGUUGGGACGCCAGAGACUUUGUUGCUAGCUUUGCUCACCAGAGAUUGGCUCGCUGGUUGAAUUUUCUUCAGAAACGCAAGGAAAUCCCAGAAAAUGAGUUCCUACCUUCGCUAUUUCGAUCAAGUCAGCUCUUUGUUGGUGUGCAGGUAUUGAUCCGUGCUGCGAUUCUAUUCAGUCUUCUUCAUCGUAUUCUGCUUCUUUCGGCUACAUUGUGCCUUUAUUCCCGCCGAAGGUCGAUGUGGUUCACCACCAUUCCACUGGCGAUCAUCAAUGAGACAUUACACGUUAUCGCUAUCUUCAUAGUAUUCACCAUCCACAUAGGACAGGACUAUCAGUAUUCACAAACGUCUGCAAUCGCUCUGGCCAUAGCGUUGGUGACAUUUGUUAUGAAGAUGUUUUUGCUAAGCACAAUCAAAGUCGGUAUAAAGUUUUUACAAACCGAUUUACAUAUUACUGCUGUCUACGGUGGCAAUCUCCGAAUGGCUAUUUGUCCUGGUGAUGUUGGCCAGCUAUGUGCUAGAUCUAAUCGAUGGGCGGUCGUUGUACUUCACUGUUGA